AUAUUAGCAUUGCGCACUGAUACUAUGCAAACGCUCGACUAAGUACAGUGCAGGAGCAGCAGGAACAAGGCCGGGAAUUUUUACGGUGUUUAUUGCGAGGUUGUGAAACACAUGUAUCUCUUCUGACAAAAAAUUAUAAUUAUCUGCUUGUUUUCCAUUCGUUUCCUUUCUUGACAGACCAUGUUUAGAUAUGGCUGAAGAGAAUGUAGGAAGGGUAAACGACAGUACUGCUGAAUCAGAAUUGUACUUCUUAAUUGCCAAAUUUCUGGAAAAUGGACCCUGCAAAGAGUCAGCCAAUGUUCUCCGACGAGAGAUCGAGCAAAAUGGGUUAUUUUCUGCCAGAUUUGAUUGGAAAGGCAACCAACAUCGACAGAGCAUCAAAAACUUGGAAAAUUGCAACGGUCACAUUAAGAAUGAUCAUCUGUUGAAAAUUGUUGGUCGUAUCGGACAUCUCCUGGACAAAGAUGUGAAGCCAAGAGUGCAUGGUGUAAAGUCACUGCUAGGGGGCGCUAGACAAUCCCUUCUACGCACAGCAGCAGAUGUGAAGCCCCCUCUAUGGAGUCCGUCUGUACAUGCAGCACUUUACCACCAACGGCCCAUAGCUCCACCAAAUAAACUUUCUCAGGUGCCAAAUGUCUACAAUGUUAUCCGAGGGAGACAACUAGCUGGCGUAGCUCGCCUUGAUCACGUAAUGCCUGGGGAGAGGUAUGGCCGGACGAACCUUCACAUUCGAACCCUGGGUCAUCUGUCUUCAGCUUACUGUGUUCUGUUUGAUCAGACAGGUCGCAGGAUAAUCACAGGUGCAGACGACCACUUGGUCAAAAUAUGGAACGUUGAUGACGGCCGACUUCUGGCCACUCUGAGAGGGCAUGCUGCCGAGAUCGUGGACAUGAACGUGAACUACGAGAACACGCUGAUUGCUGCAGCAAGCAAUGAUAAAGUGAUUAGGGUUUGGAACCUUCAGUCACUCACUCCUGUGGCUGUACUGAUGGGUCACACAGCUAUGAUUACGUCAUUGGAGUUCUCUCCAUACGCCAGGGGAUCAGCUCGUUACAUGGCUUCUACAGGUGCAGAUGGAUGUGUGUGUAUCUGGGUAUGGGAGAAAAACACUCUCAAAUUCAAUAACAAGCCAAUCAAAUUCCAAGAGCGAAACAGACCUGGCUCACAGAUGCUUUGUCUGUCUUUCAGUCCUGGUGGUACAUUCCUGGUUGCCGGUGGCACAGAUAAUGCCAUUAGAGUCUACAAUUUCAACACUAUCCCUCCUGAGAAAGUAACAGAGCUUGAGGCACAUACAGAUCGAGUGGAUAGCAUCGGAUUCUGCCAUUCUGGGUCUCGCUUCAUCAGCGGUAGCAAAGAUGGUACGGCCAGGGUGUGGCGAUAUGAGAGGCAAGGCUGGAAGAGCAUCCUCCUCAACAUGAAUUCGAGAUUACCAGGUUCCAAAGCACCAGGUCUUGACGAGGGCAACAAGAUAGUGAAACAUCGGGUAACAAUGGUUGGAUGGGAUAAGAAUGAUUACUACGUGGUCACUGCCGUCAAUGAUCAUUCCUUGCGCGUCUGGAACUCCAACAGUGGCAAACUGGUCUAUGAGCUAUAUGGUCACACAGAUGAGGUAUAUGUCCUAGAAGGUCACCCUAAAGAUGUUAGGAUAUUCCUGAGUGGGGGUCACGAUGGUCUAAUCUUCCUAUGGGAUCUGACUAUUGGUCAGCAGCUCUACCGGUUCCUCAACACGAUUGAGGGCCAGGGGUACGGGUCUAUCUACGAUUGCAAAUUCUCCCCAACCGGAGAGCAAUUUGUAGCCACUGAUUCACAUGGUCAUUUCAGCAUCUUUGGCAUGGGCUCAAGCAAACCUUAUGACAAGGUUCCCAGAGAGCAGUUCUUCCACACCGACUACCGCCCUCUAGUCCGUGAUGCCAAUAAUUAUGUCCUUGAUGAGCAGACACAGCAGGCACCACACCUCAUGCCCCCGCCCUUCCUGGUUGAUAUCGAUGGGAACCCCCAUCCUCCUAGGUACCAGAGGCUUGUUCCGGGUCGGGAGAACUGCACGGACAAUGCGCUGGUUCCCCAGAUUGGUGUGGCCGAAAAUGGUAACAAUGAAGUGAUUGGGGAAGGAGAAAUGAGGGAGCCGGAGCCUCUGAAUGAGGAGAACGAGGCCAAUCAAGCCGCUAGUCUCCUGGAUGAACUGAUUCAUCGGAUGCAGCAGGAGCAGGAUGGGGAGAGGGGGGAGCCCCAGCAGGAGGGCCCUCGUACUCCUGGUAGAUCAGCAAAUGGUCCACUAUCCCCGUCCAUGUCCCCAAGAGGAUUACGGAGAGCAGGAGAGAUAGAGGGCGUUCGUCAGGCCACUGGAAACGUUCCCGUCAGCCAGCGGGCAUCUCAGGCGGAACUGCUGUCGUUCAAAACGAGGAUGGUUGUGCCGGCAUUGUCGUAUGCUGUGGCAAGGUUCCGGGAAGAGUUCAGGAGAAAGUUAGAUGAGGAAGCUUCUGGGCGGUUCAAGGCAGAAAGGAAAAAGAAGGUGAUGCCCUCUCCAGUUGAAACGACUGAUUCUGGCGACUCUUAUGAGAGAUUGAGGAGAAGGAAGAAGCCGAAGAAGACGGCAAACCACAACUACAGGACCAGAGCCAACCAGGAUGGGACUCCCCUCCAGGAGGGUAUUGGGAUGGAGGAGGAGAGGAGGAGGAGAAUGAGGGUGGAGGAAAUGGUAGCAGAUGAAGGGGAUGAUACGCUCACCGAUGUGGAUGAGCCUGCGGAUGAAGGAGCAAUGACUGGAGCAGAGACGUCUGAGGAGGAGGUUGAAUGGCGUAGUACAAGUGAACAUGAAAGUGAAUCCAGCGAGUAUUCUGAUUGGACGGCUGAUGCGGGCAUCAACCUCCAACCACCAAAGAGGAAGACGAGAAGGAGAGAAAUGCCCUGGGAGUCUGGAGGGGAGUCUAGCUCUUCACCCAUGAAGACUCCAUCAGCAACCCCUGUGAAAUCAAAGAGGAAAAGAAGGCCCCCGAAGGCCCUUAUCGAUGACAUGGAGAUGGACGACACAGAACCGAUGGCAGAGCUCCCAGAGGAGAUGAAGCCUCCUCUCUGGAUCACCGACGCUACCCCAAGGCGCACCCCCUACGUGCCGCAGAUGGGUGAUGAGGUGAUGUACUUUCGGCAGGGUCAUGAGGCGUAUGUUGCUGCAGUCAAGAAGAGGAAGGUAUACCACAUAGAACCCAAGAAACAGCACUGGACCAAAAUUAAUCUCAGGGACCAUGAGUUAGUACGUGUGAUGGGUAUCAAGUACCAAGUCGGACCCCCUACACUGUGUGGUCUGAAACUUGCUUUCAUGGAUCCAGAGACGAGGAAAUCAACUGGAGGAAGCUUCUCCAUCAAAUACCAUGACAUGCCGGACGUCAUUGAUUUCCUAGUUCUUCGUCAACACUUCGACCAAUCAGUUGCCAUGAAGUGGAAGCUGAAAGAUCGCUUCAGGGCGAUGAUCGAUGAUGCCUGGUGGCAGGGGACUAUCGUUGCACACAGUCCGCUAGACCCAGAACAUCCUGAUAGUCUGUUCCAGUGUUAUCUUGUAGACUGGGAUAAUGGAGAAUGUGAGCGAAUGAGCCCGUGGGAUCUUGAGCCAAUCGACGAAGAGAAUAUGCCAGAUAAUAAAGGAGGCAGUAUACCUGUAACAGACGCUGAGCUAUUUGCCAGGCUUUAUGUUCCAGGUCCAGGGGAGUGGGGAGAUAUAGACAGGGAUACUUGCUGCGAUAGACUUCUCAAAUGCUUACAGCAGGUGAUGGAGCUUCGUAUUGCGGAGCAAUUCAACACCCCGGUUGACCUGAGCCGUUACCCCUUGUAUGCCUCCAUGGUGCCUUACCCUACAGACCUCAGCACCAUCAUGCGCCGCCUUGAGCGCCGCUUCUACCGCCGUAUCACCGCGCUCCAGUGGGAGGUCAGGAAACUAGAGCAGAACGCCCUCCAGUUCAACGAGAAAGACAGCAUCAUCGUCCAGUGGGCCGAGACUCUGGUCAAGAUUUUUAUGGAGGUCAUCAAGGACGAUCACUGCGACGACGCCAUGGACAUCUACAACCGCAUCACAAAGGAUAGUGAUGUUGAUGUCUGCGUGGAUGACUCUCAUUCAGGGAGCGAGGAUAAACGUGGCAGAUCAAAAGGCAAGAAGGGAUCACCAUCCAAGAAGCAGAAGCGUAAGAACCGAGCCUGCUAUAACUCCAAGGCAUGGGUAGAGCAAUGUAAGACACUCAUCAAAGACAUGUGGGAUUGCCAUGACUCGGAGCCAUUCAGGACACCGGUUGAUGAAAGGGCUUAUCCUGAGUAUAGAGUAAUUAUUGACCACCCAAUGGACAUGUCAACAAUCAGACAGCAGUUUGCCAGCGGGAGUUACCGGGAUCCUAUGGACCUUGGUAAAGACAUCAGGCUGAUGUUCACCAACUCCAAGAGCUUCACUCCGAACAAAAAAUCGAGAAUUUAUGGCAUGACUCUGAGGUUGUCGGCUGUCUUUGAAGAACGCUUCUUGAAGAUAAUCGGCAACUAUCGCUCAGCCCUCAAUUACGAGAGGCAGGUCAAAACGGGAUUGAAAAAGAGGAAGCAACUGCUGUCUAGUCCGGAGGAUCGCCACAAAUCACCGCAGAAGCGCCAUGUGAGGCGGUUGAAGGUCAAAAGGUCACUGACAAUGGGUCACUCGAUGGACGGCGAUGACGACGCCAGCGACAUCGACGCCCCCGGCCCCUCUGUCAUCCAGAGACGAUUGGCAAGGUCUACCAAGAAGAGGAGGAAAGAGGAGAGCGAGGAAGAGGAGGAGGAGGAUACGGACAAGCCAGGACCAAGUGGUUGUCAUGGAAACUCUUCCAGGGUAACUCAUAAAAAGCAGCUGAAUGGUGUCGCUCAAGAUGAAGAUGAUUCCGAUACCGAUAUUGAACCUCAAGCUAAUGUGAAAUUAGAAGCAGUUCCGAACAAACCAUCAAAGGCUGAAUCCAAGGGUGGAAAGAAAGGCGGAAAAGGAAAAGCAAAGGGAAAGAAGUCUUCUGCCAAGCCAGUCAUUGAGGAAGAAGUAGAAGAGGAAGAAGAGGAGGAGGAGGUGGAAAAAGAAGAUUCCGGUGAAGAAACCGAGAUCGAGGAACAGAAUGUAAAGAAGGAAAAGGAAGAAGAUGAUACUGAGGUGGAAGAGGACGAAGAGGAGGAGGUGGGGGUAGAAGAAUCAGGAGAAGAAGACGAAGAAGAGGAAGAGGAGGAGGAAGAAGAAGAGGAGGAGGAGGAAGAAGAGGCAGAGGAAGAGCCUGUUAGAAAGACAAGGUUAAGAUCGAGGAUGAACUUAACUAAUGGCUACGGUUCAAGACAGAAGAAGGUAGACGCCUCCAAUAGUGAAGGGGAGGAUAAAGAAGAAGAAGAGGAGGAAGAUGGCGAUGGUGGCGAUAGUGAACACAGCAACUAUGAAGCCGGCUCCGGCGUCAACUCUAACGAGGAAUCUGAAUCAUCAACAGAGGAAAGCGAGAGCGAAAGUUCUGAUUCAGACAUUGAUAGCCAUUACAAAACUAGGCGGAGGACCCAAGGUAGAACUAAAAAACCCACGAAAAGAAGUAAAAGAGGGCAAAAAAUUGGCAAGAAGCGAAAAGCAAAAUCAAAACACUCGUUGCGUGUGUCGCCGAAGAAGCGUUCCAAGGUGGAUUACAGCGACGAAGACGACGCUUACGUUCCCUCGCACAAGGUUAAGUUUCAGACGGAAAGACGGACACGGAACCAAGGCAGGCACAUGCAGUAUUACGGGGACUUUGAUGAAAGUGAUAAUCAGAGCGACAAUCAAAGCGAUAACCAGAGCUUCAAUCAGAGUGAGGAGGAGGAGGAGGAGGAUGGGAAGAGCGUUUCCAGUCGCGGACGGGUCAGAAAACUGACGGCGAGGGCACGUGCGAGAUUGCUCGGAACAUGACACAAACAUGAGAUGCUGCAACCGAAUCCAGCAUGUUUUCAGGGAUGUUUACAAUCUUAAGUACUUCAAUUCAUUCUGUUGAAUAGGCACAACUGAUGAAAGGUAUCAUCUAUAAUGAGUAUGAUUAACAAAGAGACAACGUUGUACCAAAAUUACAGAAUCAGGGCUGUAUAUCUAAGAUUAAUUUCCAAGUCUAUUCUGGAAUUGUACCUUUAUGUCACAAAAUCUGCUUAAACGGUAUUUUUAUCUUUCAGACUAUUCUUUAAUAGUUGAUUUCAAAUUGCUUGAAAAAGGACUUUUAGUUCAUGAAUGCAUGUUGCAUUUUCUCAAUUCUAUAGAGUAACUUUUAACUCAAAUAAAAGGAGUGCAUUAUGUUUUUCUUUUUGAAAGAAAAAGACAAAAUUCAUCGUUACAGAAAUUGGAAAUGUAAUUGCCCAUUGUGUUUUAUACAUUGGGGUCUGAAAUUGUGAUAAGUGUGUGCGAAAUCCUCCAUAUGCACAUGUCAAAUGCUGCAAUUUAAGAUAUGUUUCGAACAGGAAUACAUAACUAAGUGAAUAAGAAUGGUUUGAUCAACAAAUGGAAUUUCUAGCUUGAAUGUCAAACAGUGUGAGAGAAAGAGAGAGAGAGAGACACACACAAAUUGAUGUGCGACAAACAAAUUCAAAUUGUCUUGAUAACUCAACAUUCCUUUAUUCCAUCCCAGUUUAGUAUCACUGUUUGGAUACAUGUUUUUAUUUUUUUCUUUGUUUGGAAGUUAUUUUGGGAGAAAAUAACAUUAUUUUUAUAUCAAUUGCUUGUUCUGGGAGCUGUACACCUAUGGAAGAAAGAAAGUCUAAUUUUGAAGAAAAAAAAAGGGGGAAACAAUUAAGAAGCAAUAUUCUCUGACAGGGUUACUGUUUUUAAUUUCCUUCACUCUCUGUUUUAUGAAUUUUCAUUGAAAGAAUUAGUUUUGUAGCAAACUGAAAGAUGAGGAACUAAACUGUUAUGGGAUAAAGCAUGAAGGUAGGGAUUUAGUUUAUGAAAGAAAGAAACUUGGCCCUAUUAUUUAGGCAAGAGAUGUGAUAUAUUCCAAUGAAACUAAAAUAUUGUCAUUGAAUGAGAAAUUUUGUUAGUAAGAGAUAGAAGUGUGAGAUCAAUCUCUCUUUGUUUUCGAUUUGACACAGGAUAUGGUCCAAUCGUAUGCAAGAGAGCUUAUAGAGAGUGCUGGUGCAUUCAUGUAGUUUGCCAUCAUGAGCUCAAAUAGAGGGUGCUGUUAGCCUUCUUGUUGAUAAACUAUUAAAGGGUGCAUUUAUAUUCAAUUAUUCAAGGCACAAUGAGUGUUUUAAAAUGCAGAUUCUAAACUUGGACCGGUAAUGCUGUUCAUGAAUACAGCCAUUCAUUCGCCAUUGUGGGAAACGAAAUGAGGAUGAUGCUUUCCUUUUUUCUUGGAGGAACGGUGCACCAUAUCAUUGUGUAUGUUAUGGAUGCUGCCUAUACAGUAUUGAGUAAAACAUCAUAAUUGUGCAUAGUAUCUCCAAGUAAAUAGCAAGGUGUCGUGGCCGAGUGGUCUGAGGCGUCCGACUACACCAUGAAAGUGUGGUGUUUGAAUUCCAGCAUGGCCCUUCACCAAGGCAUUUAUAUCCACAUUGAUCUUUUAUCUUGCGUCAAAUUAAUGAUAAUGCUCUAUCCAUUAUUGAUACCAUCCUGUGCACGUGUUUUAAACCCCAAAAAAUCAUCUGAAUAAGUGUCUAAAUACACACAUUUCCACAUUUCAAGUCAAUUUAAAUGAUCAAAAUUUUUUUAAUUGAAAAACAAGGAUGUAUGCAACCUGUCAUUAAACUCUGAUGCUGCCUUCAAAAUCUGACUAUAAAUGCACCCUUGCACGAAGCGAAAAGAAAGUCAAAUCUUCUUUUGUUGAUUGUCUUCCACUGACAGCUGACGAGGUACUUUGUUUACAUUUCAUGAUAUAAAUACAAUUUCUUUUCACUUUCGUACUUCAAACAUGUAUAUAUAUUAUCAAAGAGAAAGAGAGCUGUUUACCGAUAUCUUUAUGUGAUAUCUACAUGUAUGCGCUGUAGAAAAUAAUGUUCAUUCUGUGAUUUAUCGAUUGAGUUUGCCUCGUAUGAUUUUGUGCUUACUUUUCAAACUUAUUAUCUCAGGAAUCUAAGAUAUGUGUGUUUUGUUGUUUCUUAGCGACAGGACGUUCGAUUUUAUUGAGGGUGCUAUCAAAAUUUUCAAGUACUUUUGCAUCAAAGACUUAUCACUCAGUUAUGUCUUAAGGUUACAGAAAAUGUAUCAUUUAGCACUGUACUGACCUCAAUAAUAUUCCUUUUCUUAGGGAUGAUUUUUCCAGAUGGGAAUCUUGUCAGGCAUCCCUUUAAAUGGGAAAAUUUGAAACCAAGUUUAAAAAAAAAAAAAUAGGUGUUAAUGCUUCGACUAGUAUUCACUCCAUCAAUCUUGGGAGAAUGAGUUGUAUGUCCAAUCUUAGCUGUCCAUUUUUUUCCUUCUUGCCUCAUACAUGUUGUUAGUCUUUAUUCCACUCCUGAUCUGAUUUUAGCAAAGUAAAAGAUAUGGCUGUGAUUAGAUUCGAUGAUAGAGUGUAAUUUGCUGAGCUGCAAGGAUAUAGCUGCACCACAUGGAUUUUUUUUGCUUCUCAUAAAGUCUGAUGUCCGCGAAUUGCAAUGUACCUUCAUUCAUAAGAUGAACUGACUAAAUAUUUUGUAAAUGAUUUGUUUUGGGGGGCAAUAUCAAGGAAUAUUGCUAUGCAUAUUUAUGCAAAGCCUCAUGAUAAAGUCCUUAAGACACCUCGAUCAGAGUCACCUCCUUCAUCAGUGGCCCCAUUACACAAAGGUUAGCGAUUAAUCAUACGCUUGAUUUUGACAAUGAACUGUACAUUGUAGUCAAUGGAAUCAUUCAUAAGAAAUGUUUUACGAUGAUUGCUUAGCUUUGUGUUUCUGGCCCUAGGAAUCCAGCAAGUAUCUUCCAUCGGUCGCAUGACCUUUGCUCUGGCGACAAUUGCUCCAAUUGUAAAUCAGCACGUGAAGCCAAACCUAAAAUCUAACCUCCAACACUAAGUAAACCCUAAUCCUAAUCUUUACAUUAUUCUGUACCAAAAACUCUUAUUACAGUCCUAAUUCUAGUCUGAUGCACUCUAAGAUAUUAAGAUCGCUGCAAAUGUCACAGGAGCGAAUGUUGUCACCGAUUAACCAUACGCUUGAUUUUGAUGAUUGUCCAUUGUAGUCAAUGCAGUCAAUUGUAAAAAGGAGUUUUACGGUGAUUGCUAAGCUUUGUUUAAUUGGCCCCAGGAAUUGAGUUUAUUCUCAUUCAUCACCAAUCCCCUCAUAUCACCAGAGAUAACACAAUGGGGAUUUGUGAAAAAGCUUGCUGUAAAAGAUGCUGAGCCGGAUUCCCGCCCAAAAAAUAUGCUAGACUUUUGUUUAGCUCCCUAAUAUCCUCUGCAUGUGCAGUCAAACUGAAGUUUAAAAAUUCACUGUAUGCAGUGAAAUAUGUUGACCUGGAAAACUUUCAACCCACCAGACUCUGAAAGAUAGUGGUCUUUUGAUUUCCUUCGAUUGUGGUGAAUUUCUCACUUUUCUAAAGUUGACUUCUGUAAAUGCAAUGUUCAUGUCUAGUCAAGCUCAUAUUAAAGUCUUCAAAGAAAAAAAUAAAUCAUGGGAUGAAAUUCAAUUUACAUGGGUAAAUUCAAUUUAUACAGUGAACCAUGUAAACCAAAUGAUGUAUCAGAUCAAAGCAAUUUAUGCAAAACAAGUUCAGGGUUCCCACAGUCAUGGAAUAUCCUGGAAAAAAUUUGUGGUCAUGAAAAGUGAGGGAAUUUGAAAAUUUUGUGAAAAGUCAUGCAAAAAUCAUGGAAUUGCAUUUACCUCUUGGCUAUGGCCGCUUUCCAGUUUGUCUUGCAGCUCUCAUACUCUGCUAUUAUAAUUGGUGUUCAUGAUUUCCAUUUUUCCCAGUUUUGUGACUUCCUAAAUUCUACAUAUCUCCCGUGAUGUCACAGGAAGCCAUGGAAAGCAACAAUUUAGUCAAGGAAAAGUCAUGGAAUUCUGUUUUCAAAUUUCCGUGGGAACCCUGAUGUUAUAUCUUCGAAGACAAUUUUUGUUUUUCCAAAUUAAGCAGAUUUCCCAGGUCCUAUGAGAUAUAACAUCAACAAAGUUAAUCUG